CGUACACGAAGCGAUGACAUGGACGAGGUCACUGCUCAAAGGAUGCAAACGUUGAAGCGCCUUCUUCCUGGGCUCGAGGCAGGCCAGCUCGUAUCGCGGGCUCCUGCCCUUCUUGGAAGUACCCAGUUGGAAGAGAUCGUGCCGCGGCGGAUGGCGGCCAUGUCGAGCCUACUCCCGGGUGUGGAUGUCCUGAGGCUGGUGAGACAUAGCCCGGCCCUGCUGCUGUACCACGAGGACACCCUGGCGCCGAGAAUAGAGUUCAUCAAACGACUUUUCCCAGAGAGUCCCAGGCUUCUCAGCAGGGCACCACUCCUGCUGACCCACGAUCCGGAGACGUUCCUAAUGCCCAAGAUUCAUCAGCUCGAAUCCCUUUUGCCGGGGAUAGAUGUUCUGAAAGUUGUCAGGACUGAGCCGACGAUUCUGUACUUGGACAUUGGAGGCUUGGUAAAACGACGAUUAGAAAGCCUGUCCGAGCUGUUGCCGGGGCAUGAUGUUAGUGUCUUGGUGCGGAAAGUUCCGCGUCUUCUGACCACUAACGUCUCAAGCCUGGCGCAGAAGAUCAUCCACCGUAGACCUGCUCUGCUCGUUUCCAAGAUUGAGACAACUGUGGCCGCUAAGUUUCAGCAGCUGCAAGACCUUUUCCCCGACGCUAACGUGGUGUCAAUGGUGGAGAGCGACGCCACCGUUCUACUGUACGACUACACAAGCGUCGGUGUGAAGGUGGACUGCUGGCGAGAACGCGUCUCCAACGCAACGGAGCUCAACCAGCUGAUACAAGACUACCCCUUGCUGCUGUCGUAUAGCCUCGAUACCUCCGUGUCCCGCCUGGACUUCCUUAUAGAGACGACCGGAGUGAAGCCUCGCCCUGCAACAAUGCGGACCACGGUCCGAAUGGCCAAGAGGGAUUGGCUGGCUGUUCAUGGCGCCAAGUACAGAAAGUUUUUGGAGCGCAAGGUGGAAGGGCCGUCGGUACUUCGACUGUGGCCCGGGCUGUACUUCGACAGUGACACGGGAAGCGGCAACGGGUCUGGCGGAAGACUCCUGAAAGGGGAAGGCAUGUCGGCAAAGCUACAGGAUGACGGGUCCGUGGAGGUCUCGAGCGCCGCAGAGAUGAAGGAGGCAAGCGCCUACAUUAAGUCCCUGGAACGAAAGUACGGGAAGAUCAUCAAGGAAACCCAACUUCGGUUCACUCCGGCCGUCAGACGAGGGAAGUUAGGCGAUAAUCCGUCGGAGGUGGAUAUGAUCCUCUACGACAUCAAGUCCUUCGAUCAGCAGGUUCGCAAGCUAGCGACGGGGUAUCGCCUCAAGAGAUUCAAGGAGCUACUACCAGGACUUGACACGGAAACGCUCUUCACCGAGUACCCGAACGUCCUGCUCAUGGACCUUAAGAAGGUGGAGGACAAGGUCGAGGAACUGCGCGAAUUGCUGCCAGGGGAACGCGUCGCUGGUGUGGUGUCCGUUGCCCCCGAUCUUCUUCUCAAUGAUGUGCAGACCUGCUUGCGACCUCGCAUGACCCGACUUGUGGCGGCGCUUACCACGGUGAAACAGUUCCAAGGCGUGCUAGAUGCCGAUAAGGUGAGGGCUAUGGUGGUGACCUGCCCGCAGCUGCUUCUCAGCGACGUCCGGAAUGUCGUGGUACCAUCCCUGCAGUAUAUGCUGCAAAGCACCUCCGACCAUGACGAGCUUGCGACGAGGCUGUUCAGGGACCCAAGCCUCCUCGUUGUUGGGGUUGGUCCAUUAGCGCGCCUACAGUACACCCUGGAGCAACACCGACACGGUACCGCCUCCAUCGCCAUGGGAAACCUUGGCGCCUACGUCGGUCCAGAGGCUGCCUUAACAGCAAGCCACCAUCCGACUCCAUGGGUCGGCUCUGGCAGCGGGAAGGCUGCUACCGGAGGAACGAAGCGCACGAGAAGCCCUAGCAAGAAGAACGAUGCGUCGUCGGAUGUGUAUCUGAGAGAGGACCAGUCACGGCUGCUGCCGCCAGUCAUUGUGCCUCAGGUUCUUAAGUGCCAAAUGCGGGACUUCAUCACCCGCAACCCAGAGUACGUCUCGUUCUUGGCGCAACGGCAAGGCUUAGAUGUGUCGAGCAUUUCACACAGUCCCGAAGGGGAUGACCAGUCGGUGGCAUUUUGGGAGCGAGCGGUGGGAGGUCGCCUGUCGGAGAUGUUCAGGCCCGUGGACUCCCCGUACGCGCGAGAGAUGAGGGAGGCUCGGGUGAAUGGAAAGGGGCCGGAUGGGCAAAAGGCCCCCCCGUUGAGCGAGCUUGAUAUGUUAGUAGGCGACGUGCUGCACUUCAACGACAGGAUGACCGUGCUUGCGUCAAAAAUUCAAAAGAAGAUGCCGCAAACCGUCGACGUUGGCGAAGAAGCGAACAAGCUCGCCGAAGAUGUGAGGUGGGGCAGCAGACAAAUCAAAAGACUCCUGGGUUUGGGCUCAUGGACCGAACAAGGUGUUGCGACACCGCACUCUGAGGUGCAGGUUGCGGAAAUUCCUUCGCAAAACGCGAACGAUGCGCCCGAAAACGUUUGCGAUCCAGUGUCGACCUUCCCACAAGGGAAGCAGCGAGGGAAGAAACGACAGUGGGUCUCAGACACCUUCCAAAGUUUUAUGGGGUCUGUUGGAGGAAGUGCAGCUGGUGGCGUCGACGCGGUUAAGGUUGCUACAGCCGUGGAGGUGUCUGUCAAGGAUGGGGGCAACCGAGAAACCGCACAGGAGUUGGAGAGGCUGCUGGGGGAGGUUAGUAGCAACGAAGGCCGCUUGGACAACCUGCUGGACUUGUCGUCGUCGAUUCCAGGCAAUACUGACGAUUGGUCUCCUCCUGCGGAAGACGGUGGAGGAGUCUCGGAAACCACCGGUACCGCCAUAGACGGUAGCUCUGCAGAGACACAAUGGUGACGUCUUGGUUUCUGGACGUUGGGGACAGAAACAAUAGUGACAACUUCCAGGCCACGUGUGAUUGCUUAGAGCAUGUGUAUGUAUCAAGAUGUGAAUGUAUCGAGCAGGCGUACGUGAUUCGUCUGCUGGCGCUUGUCGGAGGUUGACUGUGUAGUCCGACCGACCGUGAAAUUCUCCUUGUAAAUAGAUGACAUGUUGAUGUGGUACGUUGCUAAUCUGUGAAUCUAUGAAACGGGAUGCCGUUGCCGUAUUGUGAAGAGCUACAGAUUGGUGUAACCAGACGGUGUGGUUUGCGAUUUCGACUGUGUGUGGACACAACGGGUUUUCGUUCUUGCUUGAUUCCUGGUUGCGUGUUGUAUACUGUAAAGUUGUAGUGUUGCGCU